AUGUCAAAAGAAGUCGAAGAAAAAACCGAAGACAUUGGUUCAUUAUGUAUUAUUCUUCAUCGUGAACGAAGUUUUCAUAAUAUUGAUAUACGAAUAUUAAAAAGUGCUAUACAAAAAUAUGCUCGUCGAGCAAUGUUUUUCCCUAAAGGUUUAUGGUGUUUAAUUGAACUUGAUCUUUGUUCUAUUCUUGAAAUAAAUCCUCAACUUUAUCCGAAAUGUCAAUUAAAUCAAAAACAAAUUCAAAUGAAUUCAGUUCGAAUUCGUUCAAAUAUGAUUAAUCGUCUUGUAGCAAUGAUGAGUGAAGAUGUAGGUCCAUGUGAUCAUCAAUUACCACAUAAAAUUUAUAAUUUUUAUCAACAAUGGAUUAAAAAUCGUCGAACGAUAUCAAGUAGAAAAAUACUUGUUCAAUUAUAUUAUUGUUUAGCUAAUCAAAAUACUAAACGUAUUCGUCUAUUGAGUGAUCUUAGAACAGUUUAUAAUUUACCUGAAUAUUUAACAGAUAAGAAAAAUUUACAUCGUCAAUUAUUAGAAAAAUUCGAAAUGAAUCAAUUGAUUGAAAUUAUGUAUGAUCAUGGAUGUAAAGGAAAAACAAAACAACAACUUUAUGAACAUAUUAUUGAACAUCUAAAAAAGAAAUCCGAACUUGCAUUUGCUUAUCUAUCAGUUUUAUUUCAAAGAAACGAUGAAAAAUUUAUUACUCAACAGCUCUGGCCUUAUCUUAUUCGUACAUCACCAUUUCCAAGUAGUACAAAAGCUCUUGCUUUCUUCUAUAAAACAUUAAAACAUAAAGAACAUUAUCUUUAUUUAUAUCAUGCAAUGGCAUUUGUUAUCUAUGAAGAUAUUAUUCGAAAACUAGAUCAACAAAUUGAUCCAAUAGAUAUUGAUACUAAUCAAUUAUAUAAAGAUCAUUUAAAUGAAAAUACAAAAAUUGAAUUAGAUUCGUUUGUUUUUGAUCGACACACAGGUGUAUCAACAUCAAGAAGUGAUUUUGCUCUUGAAGGUGCCAAAGUUACUAAUGAAUGUAAAGAAUUAUUUAUUGAUAAAUAUCGACAAAUGUACAAUGAAUUUAAAAUCAUGAUUGAUAAUCAAGAAGACGAAGGAAAGAAAAGAAAAAGAACAACUAAAGAUAAAGAUGAAAAUACCAUUAAGAAAAAGGCUAAAAUAACUAUUGAAGAAAAAACAACAGAUAAUGAUCUUGAUGCAGAAAUAAUUCGUUUAGGGUAUCAACUUGAUAUAAAGUCGGUAUCAUUUGUAUCUAAUGAAUUAUCGAAUCUCGCUCAUGGUCAACGUCGAACAAGUACUCAUAAAAAAGCUGUAUUUAUUUCAUCAGAUUAUAUUUAUAAAGGUCCUUAUUUAUCAAAUUCGCCAGGCGAUAAAAAAAAAUUCUUACAUAAUUUAUAUUUUACUCGUGCUUUACUUACACUUGAACAAUGCUUAAAAAUUCCUGAUUAUCUUCAAUCUAUUGUAGAUUGGGAUUCAAUAAUUAGAAUUGAUAAUACUAAUGAAUAUUAUUUAAAACAAAAAACAUUAGGAAAAUUAUCUACAACUGAAACUGAUUUUGGAACAGUAACAACAAAAAUAGAAACGAAUGUUAAAGUACUUCGACGUGGUUCUCAUGUUAAUCGUUUAAUUGAAUUAGAAAAGGAUAAAGCGAAUUUUCAAGAUGAUUAUAAACAAAUUUUUCAAGCGUGUAUACAACAUUUUUAUUUACGUUUUAUAUUGAAUAUUGGAGAUUCAGGAACAUGGAAUAUACUUGUACGACGUGAUGGUAUUAAAGGAAUAUGUGGAAUUGACUUUGAAGAAAUUCGAUCGGACACAGGAAAAAAAACCAAUAAUCCUCUGACAAUGAUUAUGAGUAAAGUAUCUAAACAACAACAAGAUAUUUAUAAAUCAUAUACAGAUACUAUUACAAUAUUCGAAAAUAAAAUUGAUCUUUCCAGUGAAUUAGCAAAAACAUUAUCAAUAUCGUUUAAAAUUGAUGUUGAAAAUAUGAACAAACGUAUUGAAGCAUAUGCUAAUUGUAUUGGAAAGAAAUAA